GUGCAUCCUUUCAAGAGUAAGAAAAGCUGUAGCAAAUCUUGUGACACCUGCCCGACAAAGCUCUUUUUGUCUUGUGAAUUGCGUCAACAUAUUUACCAUGCCGGGGCGAACAUAAAUUGAGCAGCACAAGGAGUCCAAUACAAGUGUGGCCUUUUUGCUUCUAAUAAUUUUCCUACAAACGAAGUUAGAAAAGUAGAUAAAUUUAACAUAUAUAAGAAAAAGCAUAUUGAUAAGAAAGAAUUAAAUAGAUUCUUACCAGCAAGCACAUUGUUACUUGCACUAUCUGUAACAACUUGAACAACAUUUACUUCUCCUACACGCUCCACAAAUCGAUCAAGCAACUGAAAUAUUUUCUCUCCAGUCUUUGCAUAAUCAGAAGCAUCAACUGAUUCGAUGAAAACUGAACCUUUAGGAGAAUUCACUAAAAAAUUAAUCAAUGUUCUCUGCCUUUUGUCUGUCCACCCAUCUGCCAUCAAACUACAACCAUACUUGGCCCAUUCUGUUUCACACGACUUAAUGUAAUCAUUUGUCACACUAUCAACCGCCUUUUUUAGAAAAGGAACCCGCACCUCAUGAUAACUAGGUCCUUUUAGACCUAUACCAUAUUGGCCAACCAAGUCCAACAUUCUUUUGAAGCUUGAAUAAUUAACGGCAUUAAAUGGAAUUGCCGCAUCAUACAUCCACUCAGUUAUGGCCAUACAAGCUUUUUCCCUCAAUUCUUUCUUGUAUGCCUCAUUUAUCGUAGAUUGUCUUUCUUUACCCUUUCUACUUUCAACAAUUUUUUGUACAUUAGGAGCAAAAUACGUAUCCAUUGGACCUAUUUGUCUGGGCCUUUUUUGCAUAUUCACUGAUCUAGAACUUGUACUUGUACUUAUAGGCGGCACACCUUUAGCUCCAAUAUUAUCCAUAUCAAUAUCAUCACCAAGAGGGUCUACAUCCUCAAAGUCCAAUGUCGCAAGUUGAGAAAGAUUACUUUUCUCUGCCUUUUUCUCCAUGAAAUUUUUAAUUUCUUCACGUACAUGAGGUGGACAUUUUUUGCAAGUCGUAGUAUUUCGAAACCCCCCAACAAGAUGCUGUUUUGCACGAUAAAUACCCCCUUUUGUAACUUUUUGACAAAAGUUACAAAUUAAAUCAUUUUUAUUAUCCGGAUUAAUUCUUUGAAAAUAAUUCCAUCCCGGAUCUUUUGAUAUAUAUGUUGGAGUAUCACUACUACCUUCCAUGAUAAUUGAACAAGAAAAUAGUCUGAAAAAUUAAAAAUAAAAAUAGAAUCAAUAAGGUACCAACAAUAAAAAAGCAUUGUACAAUCUAUACCAGUAAUUUAAAAGUAAAACUUAGACCAAUUCAGGCACUGUACCUACCGCCUGAAAAAAUAAAAACCAGUAAAAAAACAGAAAUGUUCAUUUCAAAGCAAAACAAAAAGCAGUAAAGAAAAAAAAAAUAAAAAAAUAGUAAAAAGUCUGAAAUACUGGACAAUUGAGAGCACGGCAGUCGCCAACACCAAUACAACAAAACCAAAAGCAGUAAAGACAGAAAAAAAUGAAAAAACAUUAAAAAAAUUGAAAUACUGGACAGUGGACAGCAGCACGUAGGAAGUCAAAAACUGAAAUACUGGACAGUGGACUGAAAUACUGACGCGUAGCACUAAUACAGCACCAAAUACGAAACAAAAAAACAGUAUCAAAAAUCCAAAACCAGACGGCAAAAGAGAAGAAGGUGAUUAAAAAACAACCGGCAAAAAUUUAAAAACAGAAACCAAAACAAAACAAAACCUGACAGCAGCACAGAAAGUACACGAACCGAACAGCAGCGAAAAGAAUACUCGGCGGCGAAACGAAUACAGAACUGCAGCAGGUAAAAAAAUACAGAAAAGAAGAAGAAAAAGAAACGAAGAGAAAGCAGCGAAGAGAAGAAGAGAAGAAGAAGAUGUUAACAGACGAAUAAGAAGAAGAGAAGAAGAAGAAGUGAAGAACAGAAAAAAAAUAGAAAAAAGAAGGAAAACAUACUUGGCGACGAUGCAACUCAGCGAUGGCGCGACUCAGCGAUGGCGGCGGCGGACGGAAAUGGGUUCAGAUUUGGUCAAGAUCUAUUGCGGCGCCUCGAUCGCGCCUCGAUUGCGCUUCGUUGAGGUGCAAAGGCGCACGAGGCGCGCCUAGGCGUGCGCCUGGCGAACAGCGCCCGCCUCGCGCGGGGAGAAGCGUUUUCCCUCGCGCCUUGCGCGCCUUGCGCCUGGGGCGCGCCUCAGGCGCGCCUUUAACAACACAGGCGGAGGGUUUGGUACACAUGGCAAGAAAGAUGCCAAAGAAUGCUCAUGCACACUUUCUCCUUGGACUAAUGUACCAGAGGAUGGGCCAACCACAGAAGGCAAUUUUGGCAUUUGAAAAGUCAGCAGAAAUACUACAAAAGGAUGAAGAAGAAGUUCAAAGACCAGAUCUUCUGUCAUUAGUGUUGAUUCAUCAUGCACAGUGCUUUCUGCUUGCAAAUUCUGCUGAUAACUCUGAGAGAGAGUUCGAAAUGGAUGAAUUAGAGGAAAUCCUAAAGAAGUUAAAAUGUUCAAUUGAAUCUGAUACUAAACAGGCAGCUUUCUGGAAUAUGCUGGGACUGAUACUUCUCAGAACUGGUCGUCUGCAGAGUGCAAUAUCAGUUUUAUCAUCUCUUAUAACAAUUAUUCCAGAUUACUUGGAUGCCCUUGCAAAUCUAGGAAUUGCAUACCUCCAAAGUGGCAAUUUGAAACUUUCUGCAAAAUGCUUCCAAGAUCUCCUCCUGAAAGACCAAAAUCAUCCAGCUGCUCUGAUGAAUCAUGCAAUUCUGCUUUUGUGCAAAUAUGCUCCAGUUAUUCCUGGUCCAGGUGCCAAUGCAGGACAAGGGGCUUUUUUGCAACAAAUAGAAGCUGCAACUGUCGCAAAAGAGUGCUUAUUGGCAACGCUAAAAUCUGAUCUCCGAUCUGGAACAAUAUGGGUGAAUCUUGCAAAUGCAUACUAUGUACUGGGUGAUCAUAGGAGUGCCAAACAAUGCCUGGAGAAGGCAGGAACACUAGAGCCUAAUAACAUGUCUACUAGGUAUGCAAUAGCAACCCAUCGAAUCAAAGAUGCUCUAAGGUCACUGGGUUCCAGGGAGCAGCUUACUUGGGCAGCAAAUGAAAUGGCAUCAAUUCUGAAAGAAGGUGAUGCUGCAGUUACUGAUCUUCCUGUAGCUUGGGCAGGGUUGGCAAUGGCCUAUAAAGCUCAACAUGAAAUUGCAGCUGCAUUUUAUACUGAGCAGACAGACUUGGAUGAAGCAGAUGAGCUAGCCCUCUGCACAUUAAAACGGGCAAUUGAAGUGGAUGCUGAUGAUGCAGUGCAAUGGCAUCAACUUGGUUUAUACAGCCUAGGUAGCAUGCAGUUCAAUACAUCUGUAAAAUUCCUCAAGGCUGCAGUAGCUCGAUCCAGGGAAUGCAGCUAUGCAUGGUCCAACCUCGGUAUCGCGCUGCAAUUAUCUGAUGACCUUCCUACAGCUGAAUUAACAUACAAGAGAGCUCUCUCCCUUGCGACAAAUCAACAGGCACAUGCAAUCCUCUCUAACCUGGGAAAUCUUUACCGGAGACAGAAAAGGUUCAAGGAUGCCAAGGCAAUGUUUUCAAAGUCGCUGGAACUUUGCCCUGGAUAUGCCCCAGCAUACAACAAUCUAGGGCUUGUCCAUGUGGCUGAGUGUCUCUGGGAAGAAGCUAAAUCCUGCUUUGAAAAGGCUUUACAUUCUGACCCACUGCUUGAUUCUGCAAAGUCCAACAUGACAAAAACAGAUGCAAUGACCAAGCUCCAUGAGAAACGAUAAUCAAAUUGACAAGGUCUGGUGAUCUUUUUGACUUUAGAGAACACAGUGGAUCAGGAAUUGUUCUUAGGUACUAUAGGAACUUGCUGAACUUCUGUAUUUGAAUGUACAACCUAGCAAAAGCUGAAAGGGAUGCCUCUGCUUUAUCUUACCAUCGCCAAGUAGUUGUAUAUUUGUGAAUGAUACAAAUUGUACAUUCAGACCAUUGGUUUGCGAGCAUGACCACCUAGGGGCUUCCCUUCUACCAGGAAAUUUAAUUGUUAAGGUUACAUAUCUAGUACCAGAAGCUUUUCAAAUCAUUUUGGGAGAUGGCAAUAAUAAUUCUCAAGGUAUCAUCCAAGUUUCUAUGGACAAUUAAUUUGAGGGCUAUACAAGUGGUAACCCUGUACAUAUAUUUUGUACAUAUGUAGCAUAUAUAGCGCACCUGACUUUGUGUUUUACCUGGGGCAGCCUGUUUGUAGGUAAAUAGGCUCCUUGAACUGUUUAUGGCCCAGCCGCCUUCAGAUCAUCAUAGAAUGGCCAUUUCAAGGCCCAAGUUGUUUGAUUUGAGUUUGUCCUUGGUUGGUUUAUGGCUUAUUUUAAAUUAUUUGGGUUUGUUGUCUGGUCUUGCUUAUUUCUAAGUAUUUAUCUUAUUCUGUUUUUUUAAUAUAUUGACUGAUACAUUAACUUAUUCAAACAUCAACUGCUUGACAUCACUUUUUAAUGUACAUCCAUAACUAUAGUUUUACAUAUUUCGUACUUUAUUAUCCUUUUAA